AUGUCGAUCAAGAAACAGAAGAAAUCUGGAAAGGGAUUACUUCACGCAAUGGCAUUGAACGAUAACGCGAUCGAUUACGUGCACUGGGAUGAUCCCAACGAGCUAAUGGAUCAUCUACGAUUGCUCGACGCUUCGCACCGAGCAGGCAACAACGCUCACGGCAACGAGAUGCUGUUGAUCAUCGAGGAACUUCGCGAAGCCGGUCUUAUUAUACUAAUUAAAUCGCGUAUUCAUAAAACGAGUCAGUCGAGUGACACCAGCGAGAAAAAUACAAUAUUAAUUUCUUGUACUCUGUGUAUUACACGUCGAAUCAUGAAAAAAAAAUCCGAUGGAAAGAGAGAAAAAAUUAGCUCCGAGAAACGUCGGCUCGUCGAGGAAUUGCACGCUCCGGCGAGAAGAAAUUUUCCGCGAAGGCGUGUCAUAGUCCGGGGGUACGCCGAUCUGUGGCAGGCUGAUAUCGUUGAGAUGCGCCCGUACUCGAGUUUCAAUAGAGGCUACCACUACAUAUUCACCGUCAUCGAUGUGUUGAGCAAGUACGCAUGGGCCGUUCCGCUCAAGAGCAAGGGUGGAAGCGAGACGGCUAACGCUAUCGCUAAGAUCGUUCGAGAGAGCGAAAGAUGUCCGAAAAAUUUACAAACGGAUAUGGGGAAAGAAUUUUACAAUGCAGAUGUACAGAAUAUCUUGAAAAAACACAACGUUAAUCACUAUUCCACGUAUUUGACGUUGAAAGCGUCAGUGGUCGAGCGGUUCAAUCGCACGCUUAAAAAUGACAUGUGGAAGAUGUUUACACUCAACGGCAAUUACAAGUGGGUCGACGAGCUGCCGCGUCUGGUGUCAGAUUACAACGCGCGCAAGCAUCGCACCAUCGGCAUGCGACCCGCUGACGUAACUUCUGCGAUCGCCGAAAAACUCUUGGGCACAGUGUACAGUGCGAUAAAGAUAGCGGGUCCUGCAAAAUUCAAAGUAGGUGAUUCGGUACGCGUGAGCAAGACGAUUUUUGAGAAGGGUUACACACCAAAUUGGACCACCGAAGUGUUUACGAUCGUUAAGGUGCAGCGUACCAAUCCCGUAACUUAUCUACUCGAGGACUAUCGUGGAAAAUCCGUCGCUGGAGCGUUCUACGAGCACAAGUUGCAUCGCGCUACUCAUCCAGACGUGUAUCUCAUGGAGAAAGUGUUGCGCAGGAAGGGCGAUAAAGUGUACGUUAAGUAGCUGGGAUUCGAUGGAUCGCACAAUUCAUGGAUACACAAAAACAAUGUUAUUUGA